CACACUUCCCCCAGCAUGACCAUCUGCUCAUGAAGCUAGCGUGAUACGUCGUCCACUUCCGUCGUAACACAUUCUGGAUAGUAUCUUAUCAUGGCCGCCUAGGUAAAGCGGAACGCCAUGCCGUUCAAAGCAGCGUCGACGGAUGGCCCCGUUUGCUGCCUGUGCGGGGGCAACAGGCACGGCGAGCCGCCUCCCGACGUAGUCCGGCGAAUCACGUACCACGACAGGUCGUCGCGCCCCAGGGAGGCUUCCAGCGCAGCGGGAGCAUUCCGGCUUGCAAUCUCUGGAAAGGCGCGGAACGGCGGAGAUCGCAGACGAGCGGAGGGGCGGAGCGAGCAGGAGGAUGGCGGAGGAAGCGGAAAGGGAGCGGCGAGGGGAGCCGGGGCGGAACACGCCGCGGAGGGGGAGUCGCGCGAGAUGCGGUGGCCGCCAAUGCGGCCAGAUCCGCACUUCGCGGACGUGCGCGGGUGGCUGGGGCCGCUGCUGGGGCCGGUGGCGGAGAGAAGCGGCGCUGCUGGCGCGUGGGUGCACCGCGAAUGCGCCGUCUGGAGCCCCGAGGUGUUCUUCUGCGCCGCCAACCAGCUGAAGAACGUGCCUGCAGCCGUGCGGCGGGGGCGGCUGCUCAAGUGCAGCCGGUGCGGACGCAGUGGGGCGAAUAUCGGGUGCAGGGAGGAGCGGUGCCCGCACACGUACCACCUGCCCUGUGCACGCUACGACGACUGUUUCUUCGACCACAAUGAUUUUCUCAUCUCCUGCCCGCUCCACACGCGCUCCCUCAUGCUGCGUCGCCACGGCUCCCACCUGCCCGAAUUCAACGCCUUUUUCGGGCAGCCCGCGGGCAGGCUGUCCGGGCAGAUGGUCGGGCUCUUGGCGGCUGCCCGAGAAGCUGCCCAGAGGGACGAGGAGGAGGAGGCGCGGUGGGAGGAGGAGGGGGGGAGUGAGGAGGACGAUGAGGAUGAGGAGUUUCAGGCCAAGGAGCGCAGGAGGCGAGUCAGGGACCUCGCUAGGGUCCAGCCCGUUCGGCUGGGGGGAGCGGUGACGUGGCGUGCAGGUGCGGGUGCUGCUGCCAGGUCACUGGCCACGGCAGCUGGUGCUGGUUCUGAUCCGGUUGCUGGGAGUGGGAGGGGGUCACGGGUUGAACCAGGGGGAGGGUGGGGAGAGGCUGGAGCAGGAGCAGGAGCAGGAGCAGUAGGGGAAGAAGGAAAUAGCUCUAGGUUGACGAGUGUUUUUCACACUGACCGUGACUAUGCUGAGCGUGAUAAUGUGAAUAGUGAGGCGCGGCCAGAUGCACUGGCUGACAACACGAAUGAUCCAGUGCCAAGGCAUGGCGCCCCCAGUGGCAGCGCUGACGUGGCAGGAUCUGGUUGGGUGAUGGUGCGGUUUGGGGGGCCGGACGCAGGAGGGCUAGGAGGAGAGGAGGCAGGAGCGGGGGAAGCAGACGGCAGUGAUGGGUGUGAUGGGGAGGGGGAGAUGGCAGCAAAGAGAGACAGGGUUGCAGCAGACUCGGAGAUUCCGGAAGGAGAGAGAACAGAGAAACCGGCAGCAACUGCCCGGGGGGAUUCUAGGGUCAGGGCUGCUGCAGACUUGGAGAUAGUUCCUGGAGGCGAAGGCGAACAAUCAGGAGUGACUGCCGGGGGAACAGUUGGGACGCGAGAGCUAGAGCAACAGGAGCAGCAGCAGAAGGAGCAGCAGCAACAGCAGCAGCCGCUGGGUCAGCAGGACGAAUCCUGCAAACGCGACAGAAACCGCCAAGGCGCCACUGUCUACACCAGCAGCACCUGCACCAGCAGAAGCAAAAGCAGCAGCAGCACCAGCAGAAGCAGUAGCAGAAGCAGCAGAAGCAGCAGCAGCAGCAGCAGCAGCAGAAGGAGCACCAGCAGAAGCAGUAGCAGCAGCAGCAGAAGCAGCACCAGCUGCUUCCCUGGCCCCUUCCACCCAGCCCCCCAGCACCCCCCCUCCUGUCCCCCCACCUCCGCCUUCCCUCCCUGGUCCGCCAUAGGCGGGCUCCGCCCCGUCAUCCUCUCCCUCACAGAGCUCGUCCUGCUGCCCCUGCGCUACCCAGCCCUCUUCCCCUCACUCGGGAUCGCACCCCCACGCGGCGUGCUCUUGCACGGGCUGCCGGGCACCGGGAAGACCCUUGUCGUGAGGGCGCUGGCAGGGGCGUGCGCGCGGGGGGAGCGGGAAGUGGCGUUUUUCGCGCGGCACGGGGCGGAUUGCCUGGGGAAGUACGUGGGGGACGCGGAGAAGCAUCUGCGGCUGCUGUUUGAAGUUGCGAAGCAACGACAGCCGUCGAUUAUCUUCUUCGAUGAGCUGGAUGGGCUCGCACCAGCGCGGGGCCCGAACCAGGACCCGACUCACAGCUCGGUGGUGGCCACUCUCCUGGCGUUGCUAGACGGGUUGGAUUCGAGGGGGGCGGUUACCGUGAUUGCAGCCACCAAUAGGAUUGAUGCGAUUGAUCCUGCCCUGCGCCGCCCGGGCAGGUUCGACCGUGAAAUUUUCUUUCCGCUGCCCGGGGUCAAGGACCGGAAGGCUAUUUUGAAAGCGAUAACACGAGGGUGGGGGGCAGGGGUGGCACCUUCUGGGAAAGUUCUUGAGGAGUUGGCGGGGAGGAGUGAGGGUUUUGCAGGGGCAGAUCUCCGAGCAGUCUGCAACGAUGCGCUGAUGGCUGCCCUGAGAAAAAAUUUUCCCAUGGAGACGGCUUUGGCACUCGAUGCGCUGCCCGGGGCUGAAGCGUUCGGUUCUGGGCAGCCCCAAAUGCCCGCAGCGGGAACACCCUCUUGUCCACGUGGCACAAACUCAUUGGUGCAAGCGAAGAUGUAUCGUCUGCCUAUCCCUGAGAUCCAGGUGGAUGCACAGGAUUGGCUGGCAGCGUUGCAGCGCGCACAGGUGCCUUGUGCCCUCCGAACCGCAGCAGCCAGCUUCGGCAAAUUAGGUCUGGCCACCGUGCCUCGGUAUCUGUUACCAAUCCUGGCCCCUGCUUUGGUUCGGCUGGUCCGAUCACUGGCUGAGACUGCAGGGGUUGGGGACGUUAUGCGAGAUGGGAUGAACGGUUGGGAUGGGUGGAAGGUGGCCACCUCCGAGGUCCCUCUCUCCGCCCUUCCGCCUCGAGUGCAGCGAUUCUUCCUGCCCCCCUCCUCCUCUCCGCCCUCCCUCCAUCCCUCCACCUGCCGCAUCUCGCAUCCAUCCGGGUUUCCCACUCCCUUUACUGGCUGUGAGGGCAAUGUUGACGGUCAAGAGCAGGGUGGAGAAGGACAGGAGCAGGGCGAAGGGGAGGGAGAUAAGGAGGGGGGCGAGGAGGGAGGUGUGGCAGGGGAGAGGCACGUGCGGGACGUGAGUGGGAGUGGACGAAUUGUGUUAAGUCUCCACUCUCUCCCCUCCUGCUGCUUGCAGCAAUCUCUAAGGGUAGAUGGGCUUGGCUGCACGGGAGGGCGUAGAGGGAAGAGGAAUGACGGAGAGGAGGAAGAUGGGGAAGGAAAGCGGAAUGGAGAUGGGGGGCCUGUUCAGUGUGUGAGGGAGGGAGGAGUUGAGGGCGAGGGGGCUGGGGAAGAGGAGAAGGAAGAAGGAGAGGAAGUUCAGUGUGGGGAGGAGGCAUGGCAGGAGAAGGGCGAUGUGGCAGGCAAAUCAGGCGACGAGCUCUCACUGGCUGGGCGGUGGAGGGCGUCAGUGGGCAUGGCUGCACGGCAACUAGCAUGGGAGAUGGAGGCAGUAGGGCGCAUCUUCAACCCAGAUGGGCAGCGGCAGCCGCAGCAGCAGCAGGAGCAGCAGGAGAAGCCGCAGCAGGAGCAGCAGCAGGAAGCUCAACGAGGGAACCAUCAGCAGCAGCAGCAGCAGGAAGCACCAACUGUGUGGCGGACCGAGCAGGAGCGGCGGCUGCUGGGAGGGCUGGCCUGGUGCGGGCUGUAUCUGCUGCGCCACCCUUCCCUCAAGCCCCUCCGGCGCCUCACAUCCUCCCUGCCACGUGCCCCCCGGUUCCUCUUUCUCACAGCCGCCCAAGGGAAGGGGAGGAGGAGGUUGGAGAGGGAGCAGCGGAGAGAGGAGAGGGAGAGGAGGUCCGGGGAGUGGGAGAGGAGGAGGGGGAGGGUGAGGCGGCGACGAGAGAGCGAGGGAGGGAUGGGGGGUCCAAGGACGAGGGAGGAGAGUUGGAUGCGUGGUGCAGGAAAGAGUGGCUCUCAUCUGGCAAGUGGUGGCCGUCGCCUCUCGUUCCGGGACAGAAGAAGCACAGGAGUAGGAGUAGGAGCAGGAGGGGGAAGAGGAGGAAGGGGAGGGAGGGGAGGAAAGGGAGGUGGUGGCGAUGAGGGGGGGGGAGGGAGGGCGGGCAGGAGGGAGCAGCGGGGGCUGGCAGCAGUGGCUCUGAGGCUUGUUCACGGGUUGGUGCGGCACCCACUGGAGAUGCUGCACCAGGUCCGGGGCGUCUGUGACUCGGCUCGAAGGGCCGUGAGGCGAGAGGCUGAGAGGGUGGCAGGGUGGGCGAUGGGCUCUCACUCAUGGCCGCCCUCUCACUCUCACUCUCACUCUCUCAGAAGCUCACGCGGGCACCUUGUGCCGCCGCCUAGUGCCGACUUACCGUUUUCCCGCAGCACAGGAGGGAGCAUUGCGCCAUCUGCAGAGCAUGUGUGGGCGGUGCAGCGGGUGUGCAGCGUGGAGCGGCACGUCAGUGCGCUGGAAGACACGGUGGCAUCGUGGGUGCACCUCAUGGCUCCCCUGCACGCCGCUGCUGCUGCCUCCACUGCCCACCUGCCGCCCCUCCCCCCGCCCCAUCAGCCACCCCCUCAGCCGUCCCCACACCAGUCCAAAGCCCGCCGGCCCUUGUGCCCUAACCAGCAUCGACAGCAGCAGCCGAAGCAGUCUACUCCAUCCUCUACCCGACCCGCCUUCCCUCCUACAGCUCCUCCCUCUGCUGUGCCGCCCAGUCGUGUUUCUACCGCCCCUUCCCCCUUCUUCAUCUUCCCCUCCCCCUCGGAACCCGACCUCAACCCCGGCAACUCACCCCCUUCGCCCGUCUCUCCCUCCGCCCUCUCCAGCCCGGCGCUGCUGCUGCCGCCCGUGUCAACGCCUGGCAACUAUCCCAUCAUCCUCGCUCUCCCUGCCCCUUCCCCUCUGCCGCUCACCCCCUCUCCUGCUGCCCUCUCCCCCCGAGCCUUCUCCACGCUCCUAGGGGGGGCUCACCUCCCUGCUCCCACAGCCCCACCUUCAUUCUCCAGCUCUCCUCCUCUGCCCGCUGCUGCUGCGCCUGCUCCAGCUGCGCCUGCUCCAGCUGCUGCUGCUCCAGCUGCGCCUGCUCCAGCUGCUGCUUCUCCAGCUGCUCCUGCUGGCGUUCCGCCGUCUGCUUCCCCUGCAGUGACGGGCCUUGACGUGCUGAGGCGAGCUGGGAAUGUGCGGCAGGGGGAAAAAGGGGGUGAGGGAGGAACUCCUGGGCGUGGAGAGAGUGGGAGAGAGGAGAGGAGGGGGAGUGAGGAGGCAGAUGAUGUGGUGCCGGUGACUGAAGGUGCAGUUGGAAGCCAUGGGACUGGGUUGAGGCGAGGAGUGAGUGCAGGAGGGGAGGCAGGAGGGGAGGCAGGAGGGGAGGCAGGAGGGGAGGCAGGAGGGGAGGCAGGAGAGGUGGCAGGAGAGGGCAGUGAAGGAGGGGGAAGAGUGGGUGGUUUGGGAGAGCUUGGUAAGCCAGCAGUGACACUUGAGUCAAUGCAGCAGUCAGCUGUGAGUUGUGCAGCAGCAGUUGGCCACGUGGCAAUGCUGGCUGCUGCUAGAGGGGGAGGGGGCAUGGCGGUGGGAUUGGCAGGAGAGGGCAGGGAGGCAGGAGAGGGCAGGGAGGCAGGAGAGGGGAGGGAGGCAGGAGAGGGGAGGGAGGCAGGAGAGGGGAGGGAGGCAGGAGAGGGGAGGGAGGCAGGAGAGGGGAGGGGGGCAGGAGAGGGGAGGGAGGCAGGAGAGGGCAGGGAGGUGGGAGAGGGCAGGGAGGUAGGAGUGGGCAGGGAGGCAGGAGAGGGCAGGGAGGCAGGAGAGGGCAGGGAGGCAGGAGUGGGCAGGGAGGCAGGAGUGGGCAGGGAGGCAGGAGUGGGCAGGGAGGCAGGAGUGGGCAGGGAGGCAGGAGUGGGGAGGGAGGCAGGAGAGGGCAGGGAGGCAGGAGAGGGCAGGGAGGCAGGAGUGGGCAGGGAGGCAGGAGUGGGCAGGGAGGCAGGAGUGGGGAGGGAGGCAGGAGAGGGCAGGGAGGCAGGAGUGGGGAGGGAGGCAGGAGAGGGCAGGGAGGCAGGAGUGGGGAGGGAGGCAGGAGAGGGCAGGGAGGCAGGAGAGGGCAGGGAGGCAGGAGAGGGCAGGGAGGCAGGAGAGGGCAGGGAGGCAGGAGUGGUAGGGAAGAGGGUGAUGAUGGUGGGAGGCACAGAUGAGAAGAAAGGACGAGGGGAGAACGAGGGGGUAGUGAGCAGUGGUAGUGCUGGUUGUUUUGCUGGCGCUGGUGCUUUCGGUGGUAGUGCCGGUGGUGGUGCUAGUGAGGGCACGGCUGGUGGUGAUGGGAUGCCAGGCGUGGUAGUACUAAGGCGGGAUAGGGAAGGGCAAGGCACGGGGGGUAACCAGGAGGAGGAGAGGGGCGGAGGAGGAGGAGGUGGCAACGAUGGAAGCAGUGGGGGUGUGGGUGCAGGGCGGGGCAGCGAGGAGGCACAGCCACCUGAGAGGAAGGGAGCAGGGGGCACGAGGGAGCAGAAGGAAGGUGCGAGCAGAGGAGGGGCCGUGGGGGCGGAGCGAGAGGCAAGGGGUGAAGGCGAGGGCGAAGGUGCAGCCGUGUGCUGUCGCGGGGAUGGCAGUGAGACUCCCCUUGGCCACCACAGCGGGGCUGGGCUGGGCACUGGGGCUGGGCUGGACGAUGGGGCUGGGCUGGGCGCUCCCACUCACAUACCUGUCGACCGCAAAGCCCUGUCCAAGAGAUCUCCUCCGCGCCGCCCCCUCCGCCCUCCCCCUGCGUGCUUCCAGUUCCUCUGCGCCGCUCUCGAGCACUGCCUCACUCACCUGCUGCUGCUGCAAGCCCUACCACCACUCUCCCACCUGCUCCAGCUGCAGCACCAGCAGCACCAGCAGCAGCAGCACCAGCAGCAGCAGCAGCAGCAGCAGCAGCAGCAGCAGCAGCACAGGCACCAGCACCAACAGCAGCAGCAGCAGCAGCGCCCUCCAUACAAUCACACAUGCACCAGCGCAUGCAGACACCAUCCAGUGCUCCCGCUGUUGUCACCCUGCAUGGCUGCACCAAUUACGUGCAGCCAGCUGGAGCGGUCAGUGGGCCAGCUGGCGUGCAUGGCAAGAGCAGCUGUGGGACGAGAGCAGCGCAGUGAUGCCCUUGCUGCUGCUUAUAGCCAUGGUGGUGCUGCUGCUGCAUGUUCUGCUCCUGGUAGUGCUGGUGGUACUGGUGGUGCUGGUGGUGCUGGUGGUGCUGGUGUUCUUGCGGUCUCCGGUGCUGCCCCAUGUGCCCAUGGUCCUGACGGGCUGUGCUUGGAGCAAGUCGCCUGUGCCAUACAGCAGAGCGUGCUGUCGCUGACUUCAGCACUGCAUGGUAAUGAUGCUGUGCUGAUGUCAGCAGAGCUUGGGCAGUGGGCACACACAAAUGGGUGAAAGCAUGGCUUGGUUACCACACAUGGAUGGAUUCAGAGCUGACCACGCCUGUCUGUGACCCUCCUGGCUCUGCUCUAUUUGUGCUUUACCUGCAAACAAUUGUAUUGUCCUAUUUCGCACUCUGUCCUCUGUGCAUAUCAACACGCCUGUGCAUUUAUAAUCGAUCAUUUUGUGCAUAGCUGAUAGUUUAUG